UAAAACGUCAGAUCACAGAUUCUGUCCAAUUUGUCUCGCAGAACCACAACCACCCACAACGAUGGAAAUGGGCAGUAUCUCCUCCGGCGCACAGACCACCUCCAUUCCUGCUCCGCACCAGCUCAGCUGCUCCACCGUAGAUGGUCCCCAGUUUCACGGUAAUAUGGAUGGGCAGUGCACCGGGUCCUCCAAAGUCUUACUGGCUUACAAAAACGCAUCGCAGCACCUGAGUUCAUCGGGAAUUAAAGCGGGCUUGGGGAUACUUAAAGUGGCCACGUGUCAGUGGAAACAGGAGAAGAAGACGCGCAGCAGCCAUCCCUGCAAGAGAUCCCCACUGGAUCAACUGGCUGCUCUGGUUCUCCACGGUCAAACCCGUCAGUCCAAGAUCGGCCACGAUCACCGACAAGACCCUCUUUCCUCCACCAAGCCGCAGAACUGUAAGCGCAUCGUGGUUCUUGGUGCGCCACGGGUCGGCAAGACAUCCAUCCUAAGAAGAUACCUUCGGGACGGGUUUGUGGAGGAGUACAAUCCCACCUCCGAGGAUUUCCUCAGGAAACUGUUUCGUAUCCGCGGAGAGACCUAUCAAAUUGACAUCCUGGACGCAUCCAGGGAGAGGGAUUUUCCAGCCAAGCGGCGGCUGUCUAUCCUCACUGGAGACAUUUUCCUUCUAGUAUUCAGUCUAGAUGACCGGAGCUCCUUCGAAGAGGUGUGCACCCUACGAACGGAGAUUCUGGCUGCUAAAUCCAAACUCACCAAAUGCUCUGCGCCAGAGCCGUGCGCACAGCCGCGGGUUCCCCUGGUGGUCUGCGCCAACAAGGUAGAUCUCCUGGAGUCUGAGAGAGAAAUAUCUAAGGCAGAGGUGCUCCAAGUCCUUGGCGAUGACUGCGCCUAUUUUGAAACGUCUGCAAAAGACAGCACAAAUUUAGAGCAAGUCUUUGAGACUUUGGCUAAGCGAGGCGGGCUUCCCGCUGAAACUGGCCCGUCUCAGCACCGCAAAGUCUCCCUCCGUUCGUACCAGGCGAUGCGGACAGGGCGUCUGCCGGGUAAGGGCGGCCAGACCCCGCGGCGCGACGAUCCCUGCGGCGCCCUGUACCCACUGGCCCGUCGGCCGAGUUUUAGCACGGAUCUCAGACAAGUCAUUGGGCCACAUACGGCAAGAAAGCCCGGCAAAGCGCUGGAAAAAUGUCAGAUUCAGUGAGAGACAAAUGCACUGAGACGUGAGAAUGUUACAGAGCGACUAAAACAACGAAUAAAGUACGGAUUUUCAUUUAAACAUAAUGCAGUAUCGUUGUGUCAUUACAUGCACUUGAGAUGA